CCGCCCGCCUGCCUCCCAGGGCGAUGGUGCCACAUGAAGCGCGCCGGCAGGACCAUGGUUGAGCGGAGCAGCAAGUUCCUGCUGGUGCUGGCGGGCUCGGUGUGCUUCAUGCUGAUCCUGUACCAGUACGUGGGGCCGGGGCUGAGCAGCCUGGCCGCCCUGCCCGCCUCCGCCUUCGCCGCCCGCCCGGAGCCCGAGCCCGAGCCCGACCUCUUCCCCACGCCGGACCCGCACUACGUCAAGAAGUACUACUUCCCGGUCCGCGAGCUGGAGCGCCGCCUGGCCUUCGACAUGAAGGGCGACGACGUGAUCGUCUUCCUCCACAUCCAGAAGACGGGCGGCACCACCUUCGGGCGCCACCUGGUCCAGAACGUGCGCCUCGAGGUGCCCUGCGACUGCCGGCCCGGGCAGAAGAAGUGCACCUGCUACCGGCCCAACCGCAGGGAGACCUGGCUCUUCUCCCGCUUCUCCACCGGAUGGAGCUGCGGGCUCCACGCCGACUGGACCGAGCUCACCAACUGCGUGCCCGGCGUCCUGGGCAAGAAGGACAGCCCCCCGGCCGCCCCCGCCCCCAAGGCCACCAGGAAGUUUUAUUACAUCACUUUGCUGAGAGAUCCUGUCUCCCGUUACCUCAGCGAAUGGAGGCACGUUCAACGGGGAGCCACCUGGAAAACAUCCUUGCACAUGUGCGAUGGCCGGACACCAACUCCCGAAGAGUUGCCGUCAUGCUAUGAAGGCACGGACUGGUCGGGAUGCACUCUUCAAGAGUUCAUGGAGUGCCCAUAUAACUUAGCCAACAACCGCCAAGUGAGGAUGUUGGCUGACCUGAGCUUGGUGGGCUGCUACAAUAUGUCCUUCAUACCAGAAAACAAGCGAGCGCAGAUACUGCUGGAGAGCGCAAAGAAGAAUCUCAAAGAUAUGGCCUUUUUUGGGUUGACUGAGUUCCAGAGGAAAACACAGUACUUGUUUGAGAGAACUUUCAAUCUGAAAUUCAUCCGCCCGUUCAUGCAGUACAACAGCACCAGAGCAGGGGGAGUGGAAGUGGACAACAACACUAUUCGGAGGAUCGAAGAACUUAAUGACUUGGACAUGCAGCUGUACGACUAUGCAAAAGACCUCUUCCAACAGCAAUACCAGUAUAGGAGGCAGCUGGAGCGGAUGGAGCAGAGGAUAAAAAAUCGGGAAGAGAGGCUUCUUCACCGAUCUAAUGAGGCACUUCCCAAGGAAGAGACUGAAGAGCAAGGACGGUUGCCGACAGAGGACUACAUGAGCCAUAUUAUAGAGAAGUGGUAGCCUUGGCAGAAUUUUGUACUGAGAACAGGAUGUUAGGGUUUCCAUAAUAAAAAGUACAUGGGAUUUUAAAGAAAACUCUUAUUUAAAAACAGUCUGUAAAACAGAAGGUAGAAUGCUUCUUUAAACAAAGGGUCUUUUUACUGUUUCUUAUAAGACCAAUGGGGUUCUUAAAAAAAAUAAAACAAAACAAAAAAAAGAGUCCAUCCUAGAGAGCUCAGAGUUCAAUGCACAAUGUAGUUCCCCCAUCUCUGAGGCCAAAUACAGUGAAAAUGUUUCUUGCCCUUCCAAAUGUAAACCUGGAGGUCACAAAUUGUUGCUUUGUAGCCACUCUUUCCCCUUAGCAACAAUGAUUGAUCUUCAAAAUGUUUCUUUCCCGUGCUCGUGUGUGAGGUUUUCAGCUGUGAAAGCCAUGAGAAUGGCAGGACUCUGCCAGACAAUGAGUGAUUUCACCUCAGAUUGACUCGACAUGGCAACCAUGGUCAGAGAGAAAGCAGCCCAUUCAAAACAGCUAACCGAAAAGGAAAAAUAGAGAGUGAGAAAUAUUCAAGCAAACAGACUACAGCCUGGACCACAGAUCAAGCACAGAAGUUUGGAUACAUGACACUGGUGUCUUGCAUGCAUACUCUCUCAUUGCAUUACUCAAGCUACUGGUAAAUGUAUACACAAAUACCUGCACCCUUUGCCUUAUAGGUGAUUGUCCCAAACCUAAUCAGUUCCCGGCCAUGAAAAUAGGUGAUCAUAUACAUAUGAUACAUAUUCACAUAGAAAUCCUUUGUAGACGUAGAUGGUGUGCACCAAUUACUCAUCACACUCAGAAAGGAGAUAAUUCAUUUAGGGUGAUUAUGUUCCACAUAUACACUUCUGUAUCAUUAUCUGCUUGAUAGGUCUCCUGCUUGUGCUUGUUUAUGCUCAGGAACACUUCUUGCUUCCAGUUGGGACAUUGAUUUAAUUAGAUGCAAAUAUUCAAAGUUCAGAUUGCUCACUGGUUGAAACUAAUUGUUGUCCUCAUUACCAGUGAGUACUUUACAAUAAAAGUUAGACACUCUCAAAUUUCAGGUGGGAAAUGGACACAUAAACUCUAAUGACUUCAGUAGGGUUUAAAUACAAUUAACUUUUGCUCGACUGCAUUCACUAGUUGUACAACUGUUGCUGUGUUGAACUUAAAGAGGCACAUUAGAUCCCACUGUUCUCCACAGGACUGGCAAUGCCUGUCUUGCCUUUUUAUUAUUGAGCAAAGGAUUUGGAAGACUGGAAAUCCUGAUUGCUUCAAGCUUGGGUUUUACGAGGCUUUGAUAACCACAAUAUUAUUUUUCUUUUCCCUUCCCAACACCAUCUAAGCUUUUGUUUGGAGAGCAUCCGGUGAUCAUUUAUUUGAUCUUUCUCAUCAAAAGCACAAUUUUUCAUUGCUUUCUAAACACUUAUGUGAGUUGAUCUGAACAAGAUGAAUGAAGCAGAAUCAACAUGUGUUUGCCACCUUCUGUACUUAUUAGGAUGUAAAUGGCUAGGUUGUAGGCAAAGUCUGAAUAAGCUAUCAAUAAGCUUGAGUCUCAAAGGAUGGGCUCACUGCAUCUCACAAAGAGAACUGAAAAUAUAGAAGGAGAGACUGAUAUAUGUGUGCGUGUCCCAGUGUGUCUUUCAGCAUAAAGAAGCACUGAAAAUUCCCAUGGUUUGUAAUUGAUUUCUCCAUCCCUUGCUCAUUCUAUGUAUGCACAGUUUCCAAAGCCUUGGAAUUCAAACUGAGGUGUGUGCGUUGUUUUUCCUGAACGAGAGAGUCAUCUCUCUUGUGCAAAGAUUUGCCGGAUUUAAAUACACACAGAAAGCUAUUGCUUAAGCAUUCAUAGUCUCAUCCAGUCAAUCAAUGAGUGUUACUCAGAAAAAAUAUGAAAGGAAUGCCCAGUAGAAUGCAAACUCACACCAAUUUAUUAGAAAAUCUGCCCAUUGUUUCAGUAUCCAUUGGAUGAACUCCAAUAUCCAAGUGCGCCCAAUUGCCCAUAUAUUGAAAAAUAUACAUGUCCUUAAGUCCUUGGCCAUGUCCAUCUAUUUAUCAGUGCUGGAGCUAUUUGCUGUCCCUUGCAUGUGCCUCUUAUGUGAUUCCACACAGAAAGCCUUCUUCUUUUCUGAGUUAAGCACAUUUGGGUAAAAACAAUUUACCCCUGAGGUUUAGGAAAGACACCUCUCACGUCUUACAUUGCCUAAAUGUUAUAUGAGGGCGCAGGAAGAGGAAAACAGCAUGCUUAAAAUGCUACAUUUGGAAAUUAAUGACACUUUGCUAUUUCCCAGGCAUUUCUGUAACUAAAGAAAAACCUUUACAAAUGCUAUUACACAUUCUCUUUACUCAUAUAACAUAUGUGAGCUAUGUGAAGCAGCUGUUCUGUAUGCAGAACAUUAGCUUUAUCCAAAGGCUUUCCACUGUGCAUUUAUAGUUAUGGAUCUAUACUCUAAAAAUGGUUGCAGAUGCUAAUCCAUAUUCAUAGUAUGAAUACUAGGGAACUUACUGUGUUAUACUUCGAACAAUUAGAAGCAAGUUCCAAAGGCCAAAAUACGCUUCCACGCAUUGUGUGGUCAAAGAUGAAGGCUAAAUAUUUAUUCUUUGUGUCUCAAUUUAAUUUCCAAAACAAAUCUAAACAAACUGAAAUGGAUCUGCCUGUGGGAACCUUAGAUCUUUGGGAAUACCAGUCAGAGGUUUUCUCGAGCAUUUUCUUUAUGUAAUAUUGUUAUGACUACAUUCUAAGGAAAUAAAACUACUGAAUAUUGUUA